AUCUCCCUAACACAACUUCAACCCACACCUUCUACUUGCAAAGUACUGUGACUUGUUCACUUUGUUCAAUUCCCAGUGCUUUCAGAAGGAUCAUAAGAUAUGGCCAGCGUUGCUGAGAUCCGCAAGGCCCAAAGGGCAGAAGGCCCAGCAACUAUCUUGGCUAUUGGAACUGCCAAUCCACCAAACUGUGUUGACCAGAGCACCUAUCCUGAUUUCUACUUCAGAAUCACCAACAGCCAGCACAUGACUGAACUCAAAGAGAAAUUUCAGCGCAUGUGCGACAAGUCUAUGAUCAAGAGGAGAUACAUGUACUUAAAUGAAGAGAUCUUGAAGGAGAAUCCCAACAUGUGCGCUUACAUGGCACCAUCUUUGGAUGCUAGGCAAGACAUGGUGGUGGUGGAGGUACCAAAGCUAGGGAAAGAGGCAGCAGCAAAGGCUAUAAAGGAGUGGGGGCAGCCAAAAUCAAAGAUCACCCACUUAAUCUUCUGCACCACAAGUGGUGUGGACAUGCCUGGUGCUGACUACCAACUCACCAAACUCUUGGGACUUCGCCCCUAUGUGAAGAGGUACAUGAUGUACCAACAAGGGUGCUUUGCUGGUGGCACGGUGCUUCGUUUGGCCAAGGAUUUGGCUGAGAACAACAAGGGUGCACGUGUGCUUGUUGUGUGUUCUGAGAUCACUGCUGUCACAUUCCGUGGCCCAAGUGACACUCACCUAGAUAGUCUUGUGGGGCAAGCACUGUUUGGAGAUGGUGCGGCUGCAGUGAUUGUUGGUUCUGACCCAAUUCCACAGGUUGAGAAGCCUUUGUAUGAGCUUGUUUGGACUGCACAAACUAUUGCUCCAGACAGUGAUGGUGCUAUUGAUGGCCACCUUCGUGAAGUUGGCCUCACGUUUCACCUCCUCAAAGACGUUCCCGGGAUUGUCUCUAAGAACAUUGACAAGGCACUUUUUGAGGCCUUCAACCCUUUGAACAUCUCUGAUUACAACUCCAUUUUCUGGAUUGCACACCCCGGUGGACCAGCAAUUCUUGACCAAGUUGAGCAAAAGUUGGCUCUCAAGCCUGAAAAGAUGAGGGCCACAAGGGAAGUGCUCAGUGAGUAUGGUAACAUGUCAAGUGCUUGUGUGCUUUUCAUCUUGGAUGAGAUGAGGAGGAAAUCAGCAAAAGAUGGGCUUAAAACCACAGGUGAAGGACUAGAGUGGGGUGUGUUGUUUGGUUUUGGACCUGGUCUUACUAUUGAAACUGUUGUUCUGCACAGUGUGGCCAUAUAAGGUGAUGCUUGAUAUAUUGUUUCAUUAUUAUUAUGUACCACUUUUUAGACUUGCUGGAGUUUGUAACAAAAACAAAACUCGUUUAGAGUUUGUACUUUUAUGAACGCGCGUAAUAAAAUAAAUAAUUCAUGGUUGCUGUCCUUUUA